CACCAUCUCCUUACAACUUCAGGCACAAUGAACGGAGGAAUUUAGACCUUUUCCCAGCAGAUAGAAAGCAAAAAACAAACAAUCUUAUUAUUAGUGAUUUAUUUUACCUCUCUUUUCAGUUUCUUUCCUUGGUUUUCUUUAUUAUUUUAUUAUUCAUUUUUUGCCUUUGCCUUUUUUGUUUUAUAUGUUUAUACUGAAUCUAUUGUUUCUUCUAUCCUUGUGCUCCCUUCUUUCUCUUGGUUAUUGCGCUAUUCUCUCUCUUCUUCCACUCUCUCUAGGUAACAAAGUUCGACAACCUUCUUCUUCCAACAAGCGGGAUAUGCGGGUCAAACUCAGCCCAAUGCCCAAGACUCGACGGCGUCUAGGCCCCCAAUGUUUGCAGCGACUAGUGACUCUACGACCUUCCCACCCGACUUAACUAGAGCACAGAACGCUCUAAACUAACUGUAUCGUAGUUAAGAUCCUCC